AUGGCAUCCCCCAGUCCCGAGGGUGCCUUGAGCAACUUCCCUCAGGACCCUUCCGAAUUCGACAGCGACCCGCGCAUUUCCUUCUCGAAACUAGACGACAAAUUCAUUUUGGAAACAGAAGAUGGCCAGGAAUUUGAAUACGAUACGGCUCUGAAGCGAUGGAUUCCGACGGUAGAUGAACAACUGCUCCGACAACAACAAGAAGCCUAUAAAGUUGAGGGCGUAGAUGACAGUGACGAAGUCACGGCAUCGCAACUCAAGAAGAAACGCAAGCAGCAAGCGACAAAAGAUGAGGGGAAUGGCCAAAAAUCGAAGAAACCGCGUGUUAACACAGCGGUCUAUGUCACGUCCAUUCCUCUUGACGCUGACUUCGAAGAAAUCAGAUAUAUCUUUUCUAAGUGUGGCGUCAUCGCCGAGGAAAUUGACAGCGGCCGCCCACGGAUUAAGAUGUACAUGGACGACGAUGGAAAAUUCAAGGGUGAAGCUCUCGUCGUGUUCUUUCGCCCCGAAUCUGUCAACCUUGCAAUCCAGAUGUUGGAUGACUCGGAUUUCAGAUUAGGUGUAACUGGGCCGCAGGGGCCUAUGCGGGUUCAACCUGCAGAUUUCUCUUACAAAAGCCAACAAGAGGCACCGGCCAAGACCAGCGCGAAGGAUAAGAGAAAGAUCAUUCAAAGAACCCAGAGAUUAAAUAAGUAUGAGACCUACAACAAACUUGCCGAUUGGGAUGAUGACGAACCAUCUGCUUUACCAGAGACCAACUCUAAGUUUGAAAAGGUAGUCAUCUUGAAGCAUAUGUUCACUCUGAAAGAACUCGAUGAUGAUCCAGCAGCCAUCCUUGACAUCAAGGAGGACAUCCGUGAUGAGUGUUCCAAACUGGGAGAAGUGACGAAUGUAGUCCUUUACGAUAAGGAAACCGAUGGAGUGGUUAGUGUCAAGUUCCAAGACCCAGAAGCUGCAAGAAACUGUGUAAAGCUUAUGGACGGCCGGUUUUUCGCGGGCACCCGCGUUGAGGCUUACAUUUCCGAUGGUAGCGAGCGAUUUAAGAAGACUAACGAGAAACGAGCGGCUCUUGAGGAUUUGGCGGAGAAGGGACUUGAUGCCGAUGAGGAUGAGGAAGAGAGGCAGCGAUUGGAUGAAUUUGGCACUUGGCUCGAGAGCUCUCAUACUGUGGAGAACACGGCCAAAUGA